AUGUUUUCCACCAAACUUGCUCUAUUUUUCAUUCUGAUGAUUAUUGUGCAAAGUUCAUGUUUUUAUUUUUUGCCGAGGGACAUUGGAACAAACCAAGGUAUUUUUCAGUUAUUUUUUUUCAAGUUUGCAUUUUUGGAAUUUCUGGAAAAAAGUUGGAGACGGAGAGGAGAGGUGUCAGCCGUUUUCCCAGCUUGAGACAUUAUGUUGCGUGUGUAGCAGCCUUAUGUGUUACGUAAUAGGUACAUAUAUGAAUAAGGCCGCUUCAACUUGAAAGGCACCGCUUUUUUGGCGGCGUUCCCAAUGUCGGGGUCGCAUGUGAACUUUACCUGCCACUUAUCACCAUGCCCCUUUUUCUUCUUCUUCCCUUUUAAAUUUCCUAUAGCGGACAGUGAUAAUUGACUUUCCUUUAUGGUGCAAAUGAGAUGAUAAUGUGAUAAAUGGACUCUGAUAUUGGUAUUCCAUUCAAAUUCGGAUGACUUUUAGUGAGUUGCUCUGCCGAGUGCACCACCGAAGAAAUGAGUCGAUUACGAGCAAAUACCUUGGACAUGCUCACCAGGAAACACCAGGAUCGGGUCAUUUCGAUACGGCAUUUUCUGAACGCACAAAUCCGAACUUUCAAUGGUUAGUUAAGCAGACUGAAAAUUCCAGAAUGUUUUAUAACGGUCACCGGAAAAUUCCAGAAUUCUUCACCAAACUUCUCAAAUCAGUACACAUGGACUUGGAUCUGAUGUUUACCAACACGUACGGCUCAUUCUAUCAGGAGAAUAUACAAAUUCUCAACGACCUUUUCGACAAAAUCCGAAGUUUCUCAGUCAGUUUCGCGGAGACCAGUAUGCGAACGAUAGUGGAACGGUUUUUCGAUCAACUUUUUCAAGUCAUGUUCAACAUUACGAAUCCAUUUGUGAGUUUUCUCUUCACUUUCCUUUAAACCUACAGUAUUCUUUUCAAACUUUAAAAAACGUUUUCCAGUACUCGUUAACCGAUGAUCAACGUCUUUGCAUGCAACGCUUUUACCGGGAAAUCGAGGCGUUCGAUGAUAUUCCUCAAAAAAUCAGCAAUCAGCUUUCACUUCCGCUCACGAAUUGGAAACAAUUUCUGGGAUCCAUGGAGUCUUUGCACAAUAUCCUGGAUGGCUAUUUGAACGUGAGUGGUCAAAGCGAGGGCGUGCGUCCCUUUUGGCGGCGGUGGUGGUGUUUGCCAAUUAGUAAGAGCGAAAGACCUUUUCAAUCAGAAAAAGUAAUUAGUCAAGGCGUGGGUACGGUUCGUUCGGCAGAAGAAAAGACGGCAAAGCCAACCUAAGGUUAUCCCGCCCUUUGUUCAGACCAAACAAAACUUUUUUGACUGGCGGAAACAGAAAACGUUGCGUAACGGAUAUAAAAAAUCUCCUUUUAUCCUUAGAACAACGGAAAACCUUGAAAAGUUAUGAAUCAGAUUAAGGUUCUCAACUUUUUUCCCAAAAAUUUGUGUUGCCAGAAAAGAAAACUUAAGGAACUUAGGGAACUGACAUCAUAACGAGUUACUAAUACGGGUUUAGACCGUAUAAACCCUUCCGAUUUUCAUUUUCCACUAUCAUAAGCAAAAAAGUGAUGUUUUGAUAUUGACAUAAUAUCUAUUACAGAUAACUCUGAAAGACGAGUGUGAGCGGGGAUUGACCAGGAUGGAAACAUGUGCACAGUGUCGGAAAGUGACCGAGAAACCUUGUCAUAGCUAUUGUGUCAAUAUAUUGUCAGGGUGCACACAUCAAAUGUUGGAUAGUGAAGAAGCGUGGAAGGCUACUACUGGUAGGGGAAAUUCUGAGUAACUGGGAGAACGAUUUUUAAAAUAACUUUUUGCAGAAAGUAUGAUCAAACUGUCUAAUCAGUUGAACAACCGGCAGAACUUGGUGUCUGCUCUUCUACCAAUUCCGAUACUUAUCAGUGAAGCCGUCAUGCAUUUCCAGGAGAAAAGAGACUACAUCACCAACAAGGUUUUUAUUAAAAAAAUAAAUGGCCGUGCCCAGCCUGUGACAACUAUGAUGUUAUGAACUCGCACCCCUUACUUGCUCCAUGAUUUUCAAUUAUAGCUUCCAGAUAAUCGGAAAAUGUCUUUUGAACAAGGAAGACUUUGGCCUACGGAAGAAACGUCAUUCAACGACCUCAAAACAUCUGAAAUCUCUCCCUGCCUACGGUGGAACUUCCAGAAAAUCCAGAGAUCAUCUGAUUCUCAACCAAAUGUUCCACUCAUUCACCACAAAGGUAUGCUCCGUUCUGCUCCUCCCUUCCCCCCACAAUCACUUAUCAUCUCAUCUUUUCACACUUUCAAUCCUCUUUCUUAGCACUAAGGUCAUCAAACGAUUAUAACUUUUACAGAUGGAGGAAUGGCAACGAUUUUUUGGCAAUGUGCCCGAACAACUAUGCGGGGAGGAGAAGUGGGCGAGCGAAGGGAACGAAUAUUGUUGGAAUGGAACUGAUGUGGGAACGUAUGAACUGCCCAUGGUCAACUAUUCGCAGCCUUUCAAAAAUCCAGAGUACCAGGGCACCGAUUUUCUCAGUUUCAGAGGUAGCCUUAUUGUUUUCAGCAACCUAACCUUGGACCUGUCUUGAUUUUAGGUAGCUAUGUCGAGGAACGACUACGCCUUCACUGGUUGCAAUCUAGAAUAAGACAUGUUUUGUCAGGAAGAGCCGCCCAGGAAUCUUCCACGUUUUCGCAUAGAGCUGAAGCCAUUGUACGCGCCGAUGAUGAAGAUUAUGUACGUUCCUUCUCGAACUUUCCUUCAGAAUACAUAUGUGAUUUUUCAGUCCGAUUACGACUACGAAGGUUCUGCAAACCCUCCUUCUACUUCUGCUACUUCAAAUCAUGAAUACUACCCAUUCUUCAAGAAGAGCGAUGAAAAAAUCGAAGUGAUAAUCGAACCAUAUCCUAUCAAGUCAAAAUCUCUAUCAAAUUCCUAUCAUCCUUUGUGUGUCUUUGUCAUUUCAAUUGUUUUUAAUGUGUUUUUGCUGUAGACCUUCAUACUUUGCCGGAAAACUUCUAUAAAACGUGUAUUAGUUUUGAUUUUGCCAACUAAUAAAGCAACUUUAGUUCGAAACGCUUCAAUACCUUCAGAUUCACCGUAAAUGUUGAAUACCACGGAAGACAAAAUUGUAUCAUUAAUUUUAUGAUUUUGCACGGGAAACUUCACGUUUCAAGCGAUGUUCUAUUGUCUUUCAGAUGAAAACAUAUAUUUUGUGUCAAAUAUCCGUAGCUUUAUCUGAAAAUGAUUAGAUUUCAUGUGGAAAGCCCAGUUUCUUUUGCUUUCAUAGCACUCCGCACCAGAUGAGCCGUUUCAUCUUGUAACAACUGCUGUGCUGCACCAGCGUGGGUGACCUCUCCCCUCAUCCACCACAAAAAAAAAUCAAUACUGCAAUUCUGCCCGAGGAGGAUGUCGUCACCUAACCUUGGAUUUUUGAAUUGAUUGGUCGGUAUGUACGUUUUCCUGUAUAAUUUUGAAUGCUUUCUCAAGAUUUUUCCGAGAUUUUUUGAAUUUUCCGCAUUCAAAAUACAUUAAUAGUAGUAUUUUCUAUACAAUACCUGUGCCAAAUGCCCUUAAGAAUACAGCAAAUUCGCUCCACCGACAGCCUGCGCAUCUUUUGUUUGCCUACUAUCUCUCACAAUUUCUCUUCCUCUUCCCGAUCACCACCGCCAACUAUCUUAUCAAAAAUACACACUUUUGCAGGUGUAUUGAAACCUAAAUUAUCACCUCACAUGCACGAGGAGAAUGACGGCACACUGCGAUCAGAAGAGGCCAAAUCGGACGUGAUUUCGAGCCCGACCACAAAUUCGGAAACGGAAAGCGAAGAGUCGAGCGUUGAAGGUUUGCGAAGCGCACAAUAUUCAUAUGAAAAAUGAGAGGGGAAACAGAGUGCGGUGGGCUAAACAAACAUAUGACGUUGCAUAGCAUACCAGAGAGUCACAUGCACAAUUCUCUUUUUUGUAACAGUUGCAAUUUAUAGUGUUCAAAAAAAUGUUAAUUUGCAGAGGAAAAAACCGAUGUGAACACCGUGGAUUUAUCAAAUUCGAACAAAAAAUUUGGCAAGGAAAUCGGAGUCAUUUGCUUAAGUACCUUGAUGCUUUCUCUUGUGAUAUACAUACUUUUGAGCAUUCUUGGGUACGUUCUUUCCCUGUUUUUCAUGAGAAAUCAUAAAAAUUUUGCAGUCUAUCCUAUCCAUCCCGUCCGCUCGUUGUUGCAAAAGGAGCAGCUCGGCCGUUUUUCCAGGAAAGACAACGGAGGCUCGUCGAGGACAAUUAUGAUGGAACUAUUCGGUUAUCAAGGUGAUUUCUCAUAUUACCAACGGUAAAGUUUAGUCAAAAUCUUGUUUUCCAGCAAUACAACCAUGUCUGUGAUACUAUUGUAUUCUCCGUACAGCAUCACGUCGAAGCAAUUCCGAGAAGAGUACUUUCAAGCAGCAAGGACCAUGAAAAAACAUCACGGGGUGAGUUCCGAUCCAUUUUCUCAAGGGAAACAUACACUCAAAUUCAGGACUACGCACCGUUUUUUGAAGCUACCAACUGUUUCGACUCAAAUAAUUAUUGCCGACGAAAGUAUAACCUCAAGCAGUAUCCGGCAUUGAUGGCACAGAAUUAUGCCCUUAUGGGAUCUGUUUAUAAUGGUCCGUGGAAUGCCCUAUACGUGACCAGGUACGUUAAAAUUGCGUUUUGAGAGAGUUUUUAAAGCAAUGGGCGCUACGUUUAAAGCUGCUACCAUGCAAUUUCCAUUCAUUUUUCUAUGAGUCUUGAGAAAGCUGGCAAUGAUCGACGCUAGAGUGUUUGAUUGCGAAACGUUUAUCUCCGACCGCGCCGAGAAUUCUCGCAAAUUUCUAUAAUAAUGGUUUCAGGUGGUUGAAUCGAUUGCAAAACGCCGUUUUCCGGAUACAAACCUCCGAUGAGCUUGUUCAAUUGUCCAAACAGUACGACGUGAUUGCAAUAAUCUACUACGAGAUUCGAACUCCGCCGAACACAUUUCAAUCGGCGACGAACUUCACAAAAGUUGCAUUCCACUACCUGGACGGUGAUCCCAGUGAGUUUUUGUUCUGAAAAGCUGUUGUUUUGGCCUAAACCAUCAUUCUUCAGACACGGAACGAACAAUUUUCUGCAUAGUUACCGAUCCGACGCUUGCUUCAUCAUUCCAAUUGCACAAUGAGCAUGAUGUGGUGCUUGUGAGCUCUGACCUGAAACUGCUUUCCACUCACUACAAGGGAUGGUCGUUGGAAGAAGUGUACAAUGACGUUGUACGUUAUUCUCAAGCGGCCAGACAAUAUGGCGUGGAAUUCCUCAAUCUUGGUAGGUUUUCGGUUUGUCGAACAGAUUUUUUGAGCCUUCCGGGCCAUCAAGUCGGGCUGUGGAGUCUCAAGUAUGAUUCAACUCGAAAAUUUUACAGGACGACGUUUCUCAUCAACGCAACUCGCUGAAAAGAUGAACCAAGGCUCGGUGCUCCUUUACUUCACCCCUAAUAUCAUAUACGGAAAUGACAAGUACACAAUGUUCCGAGACACGGCAAGAGACUAUCUGACUUGUCCUGAGAAGGAUAUGAUAUCAAUACCAGAGGAGGAAGAAGAGGAAAAGAAAGGACACUGGGAGGAUUAUUUGGUGGAUUGUUCAGUUAGUUUGAAGUCAACGUUUUGUCAGGUGAGUAUUUGUAUUUACAAUUUGUCCAAAUUCCUAGUAUUUUAGUCCAACACCACAUUGUCGUUUAUGAUGAUCGAUUCCAGAGUGGAAAAUCAACUUUCCGCUAAGCUCGGGGCGAUUGAGGUGAUCAAUUUUUCGAUCAAAUGAAAAAUAUACAUAGUGUACAUCCGGAUUGCAGACAGACAUGGUGAUAGCAGUGAACGCCAAACAGGAAAUCACUCGUUUCAUCCAAAAUAACAUCACACGGUAAGUAUGCUGAGCGGAGCAAACCAGACCAUUGUCUGUUUCAGAGAGUCCAUUAACUGUCUCAUCCGUCAACACCACAACGCCGCCGACAACGAGUUCGUGUCCGAAUCGUCUAGAAUACAAGCUAAGCAAGAGCACGAUCACCAAGACCAACACCCAGAUUCCGUGGGGGAAGCAUCAGACAUUCGAUUUGUGAGCAAUGUGCGAGAGCUGUUAGAGAGCAGAAAGGCAUUGUCAAAUUUUCACUUUAAAAAUUGUUUCAACCAAACGGUUUUCAGAUAAAUGUGAUCAUGUUCAGCGGGGGAAUCUGGCACAGUGCUUCGAGUAGUGCUAUUUCUCCUUUUCAUCUAGUGGCCAAUUAUUUCAAAGAGUCUAGGAGUAUUAUCGAUUUUUCAAUGUAAGCUUUUUCCUUCGAAAGACUCGUUAUAGGUUCAGACAUUGAAUUUCAGGGUUGAUGUGUCUCAAACAUACGUACCAUACAAUUUGGAUUUCGAAAAACUACCAAAGAUACUGAUUACCAGUGCGGACAGGUACACUAGAAACUUUUCAAAACAACAAUUACAAUUUACUUUUUAGCGUUGGCCUCAGCUGGACAUACCCCGAAGAUUUUAUGAUCAACCACACGAAUAUUGUCCGUUUCGUACUUUCACGUCCAGGAAAAAUCUUCGAAAGACUUCGCUGGCUGAAUUCUUGCCAAGGAACAUGCCGGAAGACGGCUCGCUGGGAGAUGCGUAGCGAACGAUUGCAGCUGAAGCGAGAGCAGAGCCGUAACGUGCCAAACAGCAUGAGGUGAGACAUCCUGUCAGAUUACAAACAUUACGGAGAGACUAGUGACACAAGACACACGUCAUAUCCAUCAAAAAUCAAAAGUUUUUGGAUUAGAUAAAUAUUUGUUUAGUUUCUAGCUUUGUGCAAUGCAAUGUUUUUUUUUCAGACAACGAACAAUGAUAGGGUAUUACGACCGGAUGCUUCGAAUGAUGGGUUGA